CUCGAAACACCAGAGGAACAAUCCUGUCUUGUUCUUGUUUUGAUAGAUACGUGUACCGGUAGCAGUAGUACCUGUACGUGCAAGAAGCGUACGAUACGUGCGGCUGUGUUUUUUUUUUGAAAGGGACGAAGAACAAGCACAAUCUUCCAACUUCGCAACACCAGGCAAACCUUUGGAAAUCAAAGAAAGAAUAGCUGGAACUACGGAGGACCACAAGAAGAUCAAGAGUCUAAAACUGACCACAUCGCAUUGAGCUGAAUCGAUUCUGCAGCCUCAAAUCACUCGUUUCUCGAUCAGAUUUGAUUGGAAUAAAAACUCGCAUUACUUGUUUACCCCGUUUGUCUGUAUUCCCCAUUGCACGUGAUUGAUUCACUCUUCGGAAACAACCUCUCCGAUAAUCCCUGUUCCAUCCAAACCCGCAUCGAUCGUAUGUCAUCAUGUCAUCCACCGAUGAAAAUACGAAGGAAGAGCAAGUCCAGCCUUCUCCGGCAGUAGUCGAAGAAGACAACAACAGCAAUGGCAGUAGCAAUGCGGUUCCCACCAUUCGAAUGUCUCGAUCAUUCGACAAUUCCAGGUUCCCGAACGACGCACCCAGAGAGAACCAGAUCGAAUCGAUAGGAGCAGAAGAUGAAGCAACAGACGAUGCAGGGACAAUGGAAUUGUCGUAUUCAAAUUCAACCGACAAUCCAAGCAACGACGUGUUGCAAAUCAAUCGAAGCUUCUCCGAGGGCGAUUUGGAUGCUGCCUCCAAGAAGGAUCAUCCCAUCGAACCCAUGGGAAGACGGGCAUCUACAAUGACCGAUUUAGCUUCAAGCAUAUCCGCUGUUUCGCGGGUGUCGACGACCGUCGAAUCCGUKGCGUCCGGAGAAAUAAUCAUGCCAAAAGACGAGAGCAACAAGGACUUGGCAGUCCCUACCAGCACCGAUUUAGCUUCAAGCAUAUCCGCUGUUUCGCGGGUGUCGACGACCGUCGAAUCCGUKGCGUCCGGAGAAAUAAUCAUGCCAAAAGACGAGAGCAACAAGGACUUGGCAGUCCCUACCAGCAUCGACGGCGGCGGAAGCGGCGACGCUGACGACGAGCGUGAUUCCGAGGCGAUUUCUCCCGCAACCUCCCACGAGGACGAUAUCACCGCGACCGAUGCCCUCGACGAGGGCAUUAGCAGCUCCGACGAAGAGAGCGAUUCGGAGGUUUUUCUGGCCAAAGAAAUGGCGCUGGCGAUUGCCAAGAAUCCGAACAUGUCGCCCAACCAGCUCCGAGACUUGCAGCAACAGGUCCAGGAAAAGGUGGAACAGAUGCAGAAAGAUCGCGCCCAGGCCAAGCUCCAAAAGAAAUCCGGUGACAAUGGCAGCGGAAAAUCCUCGACAAAAAGCAACAAGAAAAAAUCCUCCUCUUUGGGCAGCGGCAGCAUGGCAUCUCUUGCGAGACGGGCUUCUUCCUCGGGCAAACUGGUAAAGGAAACCCUUAAGGAAACGAAGCAAACCAUAAAGGAUACCAAAGCAGCCAUCAUAGAAACCCAAGAAGGAAUGAAAGAAGGCGUAAAAGCAGGAGCUAAAGCAGGUGCCAAAGUCCUAAAAAAAGAAUUCAAGAAGGGAAUGAGCGCUAUGGGUCUCGGAACAACCUCCUCCAAGAAACAUGUCGUUGCGGCGCUGAACACAGAUGUUGGAGCUGGAGAAUCGGAAACUGCGAUUGCCUCGCCUAGAAGUUCCUUAGAGGAUGACCAAAAGAUCCGCUUGGCUGGAAUCAUCUGGAAGCGCCGGAGUGGAUUGGGGAAGUAUUCUAUGACGGCAUCCUGGGAACGGAGGCGGGUUGUCCUCAAGGGAAGCAAACUUAUCUAUUACAAAACUCUUCAGGAAACUAUGUCGAACAAUAGCGAUGCUGAGGACGAGGACAUGGGUGAUUUCUCCGAAUCGGAGGGAGAGAUCGAGACUGCACCCUCGAACGAUUUUGCACCCGCAAACUGGAUCCAUGGGAUCAACGCCUUUAUUGAUAAAGCUGGCGUCACGGUUCCAUGGGAAACACAUUCUUCCUCCAACGUUACUGCCAAACCUGGAGCCCGUGGAUAUAUGGAUUUGAAGAAAGAGAAGGCAUCGGCGGCAGCAUCGUAUGGGCAUACGGGAGCUCCCACCCCAUUUGCGCUGUCCAUCAAGGUUGCCUCAAUUACGAAGUAUAAGUUUUGCUUCGAUACACAGCAAGAACUGAUGACAUGGCUCACUUCCAUUACCGACGUGGUUGUAUCGGGAUCUGUGGACGACUACAACGCCGAAAUAUUGGAAGCUAACAACCCUUCCUCGCACGGGGGUGGAGAGACUACUCCCAUAGGAGAAGAUAGCAUCUCGAGCAGCACUUGGCAGGAACCCCCGAUCAGAAAUCGAUCAACGGACGAAGGAGAAAAACAGGGUGGCCACCAAUUGUGGACAACCGAGCAGUAUCUGGUCAAGAGCAUGAACUAUCCCGAUUCAGGUAUCGAGGAAAACGCAAACGUUGGCACUGGCGGUCGUGAUUCACAAGCUUUGGCGGCAAGUGCAGAAGACUAUUACGUCGACACGAGUGGAGGCCAGGAGAUUUGGGGAGUGCCCAUGGACUAUUUGAAACCAUUCUUUUAUCUGAUGAAUGCUGUUGUUUUGAUGGCUCGAUUCCAUGAAACGCUAACAGAUAAUAUGUUUUGGCAUAUCCUGGUGUUUUUCGACGUCCUGGCUGUCAUGGUUGUUGACAAGGCAAUGACUGGUGGGACAGUUCGGCUCAAGCCAGAACUCGAUGUUAAGACUACAAAGAAAGAGAAAGAGCUACCGGACGGCCUUCAGACAGCCGCAAGUGCUGAUGGCACGAUCACUUCUGCCGCCACGGACGAACUCUUUGUACCACCUGCAGGAAGCACCUCUAUCAGAAUCAACGACCCAAAGGAUCUCCCAUCCAUCGACGGGGUGAUCUUUGCUGGAUGGAGGCAAGUCGAUCCAGGCGAAAUACCUUUACGGGGUCACGCCUACAAAAGCGACAAAAAGAAGGUCCCCUGCCCGGGGGAUUUGUACGAAUGCAUCGAUCUGGAUGUGUUUGAAUCGAGAAAACGAUACCCGGACAUGGCUGGGCGGGUUGUUCUGCCCACUCCAACGUUCGAAAACGAUGAGGGUCCGAAGACAUGGAAUGCUCCAGACUUAUUUGUCAUUUCGGUUUCCCUCCCGACGGACCCUCCCAAGCUUUAUGGCGGAUCUGCCGACAACGGAGGAGGUUUCACCAUCACAAUGUAUUGCGCCAUGCGGCAGAAAACCCGAGACAUCCUUCGGAGGAUCACGGCCGAAKGCUACAAUCCGUCCGAUGAAGAAAAACCAGAUGAUCCGGACAAGAGCUGGGUCAAUGCUGCCCGAUUGCUGGACGAGUGGUGUCGACGAGCACCUUCGGACGACAGCUGGAUGGCUCGCUUCAAGGUCAUUCCCCAAGGAAACAACCUGGCCGAAAUCGGCCUGCCCGCAUGGAUAUCUAACUACAACGGAAAGCCAUUUUUGAUCAAGCGACCGGGAACUACCGGAUUCUUGUACAGGCACCCCGACAAGUCGUGCAUGGAAUUUGACGUAUCGCUGCAUCCAUUCCCCUAUUUGGCCAAACAGGCCAUUUGCUACAUGAAAGAUGGCUUUUUCAAUAAGAUUCUGGCGACCCUAGCCUUUUGCAUCGAGGGACGGUCUGAAGACGAGCUCCCAGAGUGCAUGAUUGGGCUAUAUCAGCUGGUAAGAUUCUGUAGUUGCCAUUUGCGUGUAGAACACGACUCGAGGGCAUUUUUUUGGACGAAGAAACCGAGCUUCUCACACUCUGUCAUCGUUCUGUUUUCUUUGAUCGCUAUCCGCUUUUAGUGCUACCCCGAUCCAAUUCACGCCAUCCAGGCCGAGGAUUUCUUUGCUGGGAAAAGCGCGAGAACGAAAUAAAUAGUUAUUGCCAAAGUCGUUUUCCAUAAUCAAACUCCAGUACGGUGAUAGCUAUUGAAAUAGAAAAUACUUUUCAUU